UUUAUUGUUUUGAACAUGGCUGUUUGGUGUUCAUAGAUUUUAUAAAUUAAUUUUCAAUUUACUUUAUUGGUGUUAAUAUUGUCUUGAAUCAUGGUGCUAGACAGUGAGAAGAAUGAGAAACCAUCAACACCCAUGGAGCCUUGUUUGAGAGGGUUCUCUUUUAUGCCCGAAACCAAAGUGGAGAUGAAUUUGCAGUUCAUAGAAGGUGAGGAGUUGGAGCGGACAUGGAAGACAACCAGACGACAGCGACUCAAGGAACGGGAGCAGAAGAUCUGGGAUGAGUUUGUCAAGGAACAGGAUGUUCUGAGCAAUGUCUGUAAAGACGAUCCUUAUCAGUUCUUGGAGCGACUUCCAGAGUCGUGCAUAAAAGAGCUGCUCGAAAUUGAGUUGCAGAAGAUGAAGAAAGAUAGUGAACAGGAGGUAGAACAAGAACAAGAGGCGCAGCAAGGCGGCGGCGACAGCCCGCGGCGCGCCGAACCACAGCCGACGGUGACGUUCGCCGACGCCGACGCCGACGACGACAGUGACGUCAUACACAUAUUCGAUGACGAGAAGGACGAUGACCAGUCGGGUGAGCGAGGCUUGUCUUAG